AUGUCGGCCGUCAUCCUUUCGAUCAACGCAGGAAGCUCUUCAUUGAAGACGACCCUGUUUGUCGAGGAACAAACCGCAGCCGGCCGCCCAGAUCUUCGGCGACUCGCUAGCGCGGAAAUAUCUUCCAUCAAUUCCCCUCCCGCCCGUCUAAAAUACCUCAGAGCCAGCUACAAAGACACCAGUGAGGUCGGCGAGAUCACGGACCACAAACAGGCCUUUGAGCAUGUUCUCAACGCCUUCGUCUCGGAUUCCGAGAUACCGGAAGUCUCCAGCAAAGAUGACAUUGAUUACACAGCACAUAGGGUAGUGCAGGGUGGGAACUUUGAAGAGAAUCAGUUCAUCACCAAGAAGACUUUUGAUAAGAUCAACAAGUUGUCGGAUCUGGCGCCGUUACACAAUGCUUCUGCAGUCAGUCUCAUGAAAGCAUGCCAUGACCACCUACCCAAUGUCAUCAAUGUUGCCUGCUUUGACUCGGGAUUCCACCAUACUAUGCCUGACUACGUCAAAGCUUACGCCAUCGACCAGAAGAUCGCAAAAGAGAAGGGUCUACGAAAGUACGGCUUCCACGGGCUGAGCUAUCAAUACAUCACGAGAACGGUGGCCGAUUUCCUCGGCAAACCGCAGUCCGGCACAAGCAUCAUUGCCCUUCAUCUUGGGAGCGGAGCAUCCGCCUGCGCGAUCAAGAAUGGACAAUCAAUUGACACAACAAUGGGAUUGACGCCGGUAUCAGGACUGCCGGGCGGUUCCCGCUCAGGCGAUAUCGACCCAAGCCUGGUUUUCCAUUACACGUCGGAAGCCAGCGCGUUGAGCCCGAGCAGCACGAAGGAUCUGCACAUUUCCACUGCAGAAGAAAUCCUGAACAAGCAGUCUGGCUGGAAAGCAUUGACCGGGACGACGGACUUCUCCAAGAUUGCAGUUGCAGAUGCUCCGGAUACCCAUAAGCUGGCCUUUAAUAUCUUUAUUGACCGCAUUGUCGGCUACGUCGGCAACUACUAUGUCAAAUUGGGUGGCAGCGUUGAUGCUCUGGUCUUCGCCGGCGGCAUCGGCGAAAAAAGUGCAUACUUGCGGCAAGUGGUGAUCGAGAAGGUCUCAUGCCUCGGUUUCACCAUUGAUGACGAGAAAAACAACAAGGGUACAGACGGUAACGAUGUGACUGAAAUCGGCAAAGGCGAGUCUGCGGUUCGCACGUUGGUCGUGGAGACGGACGAAGAUGUAGGUCAAUCUCAAAUACUUCCAUGGAAGGAUCGCCACUAA